CCAACAUGGCGGACACUGAGAGUUAUUAUUUCAGCUUUGAAAACUCAUCAACUCUUGUGUAAACAGAGCGGGCAGCUAACUUUUGUUGCCGGGACAGCGGAUUUAUGUGAACGAAUAGGUAACUGGACCUAAUUUGCACCUAUGUAGCAUUCCAACUUUGGGCAAUUGUCAUGCAAAUGAAGCUCAAAACCUUCCUCCCACUACGUCUUAGCAACAUAUGUGUUGGUCCAUUGCUCUCUCUUGAAUUUAUUAAUCAACACUUAGGUCUGUUUUUCAAAGGACACAAGCUGUGAAAAUUCAAACAGUCCAGUCAAUCUUUUUCAACACAUCACUGACAAGAGAUCAACAGCACGCGCAAUAAAAUUGCCAGAAAGAUUUUUGGAGCGACGUUAGAAAGUUGAAUCUGUUGACGUACUAAACAUGGUCGAGUUUGCCCAAUUUAAAACGGAGAGCUAAAGGGCAGUUAAUCAAACGGCUGUCGCUGUGAUCGCAGUAUGAGUUGCAUUUCACGUUACAGUUCGCCUUCGACGUGGAAAAAAAGGUAUGGAUUUCUUCUUCAUCAAACAUAACCUUCGCCAAUUUGAACUCAGGUGAUGAAUUCGAUGUUUUCGGCAUAAGCUUAAUUUGCACGAUUGAAAUAAUUGGAUGUCAUAUCGUACAAAUAUCAUCUAUUUCGAGAAACCAGUUCUCAUCUGUGUGGCUGUCUACAAAUAAUCCAAAAUGGCUCACCACAGAGAUAAAGAACGUGAACUCGACUUGAAGGGAAAACUAUCACGGAAGAUAGCUGAACUUACUAUGGUCAUUCACUUGCUGUUUACGAGAAACCACGAGCGCGAGAUUGAAGUAGAAUCGUUGAAAACUGCAUAUGAACAUGAGAUAAGAGGUAUUCUUGAAGAAGCAAAAGGAAAAAUUUCGUGGUUGGAGGGACAACUUGAUGAACUAGAAAAAUACCGUGUUUUGUUGGACUUGAAAAAUACAGAGAUUGAGAAAGACAAAGAGCAGAUCCAAGAUCUUAAAAAUAGGGAGGCAGAAUUAAAUACUCAGUUAGAGCAUAAAGAUCAACUUUUAACGAUUGCUGAAAAACAAAUUGUAGAAUUGAAAGAAAGCCUUACAGAUAAUGUAAACUCUGGGUAUGAUCAUUUGUCAGUUGAACUAGAAAAUGUAAAGAAAGAGAACAAUAACUUGAAAGAAAAACUCAAGGUUAAAAGUGACAAGAUAAAGAAGAGCCAAAAUCAAGUUGAUAAUCUUCAAUCAAAAGUAAAAACAUUGGAGGAUGAAUUAAAAGAUGUAUUGGAAAAAAAGCAGAGGCUUGAAGCAAGUGUUGAUGGCUUGCAAGGAGACUGGCAGGAUGAAAUUGAGAGACUUGGUCAGAAAAUUGCAGAAUACACAAAACAGCAACGAGAAGACCAAAUGAGGACUGAAAAGCUUGAAUGGAAAAAUAAACAGUUGAAUCAACAAGUAAAGGAGCUUGAAGAUGAAAAACAUCAGUUAGAACUUAGAAUUCAACAAUAUGUUGACGAGAGGAACAAAAGAAAGGAAGCAAAAAGAUCCCCAAGAUCAGUGACUAAAGGAAGUCCUGAAGUACCCCGACCAUCACCAAUUGAUGUAUGUUAAGUUUAGAACUUUGUUAAACCUUUGAUUCCCAUGAGUGACCAAAACAGAAUUUCUCAUUACAAUAUCAUUACAAUAUCAAGCAGACAAGUGAUGAGAAAAAAGAAAAAUAUCAAUGAGAUUAUGAAUUGAUCCAAAAUCAGAUUCUAAACCAAUGCCACAAGAAUUGUAGGGCAGACAGUAAGGAGAAUUACUGAUGAGAUUUCGAGAAUGAAAGGGUUGAUAUUGCAGUUUUAUUACAACACCACUUUAGAAAAUUUUAGCUAGAUUUCCAAGAUUUUCAGUCUUUGUUCACACUAAAACAAUGGAUAAAAAAAUAUGUUUGGUCUUCCUUAUUACUACUUUCCCUUCCAAAAUAUUUCUUUUUGGGCUCAUGUGUUUUGAUGAAUUCAUUCUUUUGUUCUUAACUAAAGCCCAAAGCCAUGGAAUUUGAGAAUUUAUUACAUGUAUCUGAAACCAAAGAGGGAAGGAAAUUUUAAAAUCAAAUGCAAAAAAUUUAUCUCAUUAAUUUGGAGUAUGGACUGAUUUAGGCUAUCUAUUACUUAUCUGACUCAAGUGUUGAGGAGAAGGAGGGAGGGGGGGGGGAAUAUUUUAAUUGUUAUCCAGGUUGAACAAAUUUGUACUUAGGCUUGGUCUGUAUCCACUGUAGAGAGAUGAUGAGCUUGAACGUCUCAGACGAGAAGUGCAGCGUUAUCGUCUGGAGCUGAGCAACAGGGAAAUGAGCUUCAAUCGAAUGUUUACUGAUCAUAAGCCUGUCAUUGUUGAUGCAAAAGGAAGGAAAACAUCAUCUAAUCUUGUUCACGACAAUGUAAGUAGUAACAGUAGAGUUGAUAUGGCAACCAAUGAUAAGUAAUUGAGUUACAUUGAUUUUUUUGGUUAGUGACCUAUUUCUGACACAGACAUUAGACAGAAAGGACAAAGCUAAGUGUCCAUAUUAGAGGGGUGACUGUUGGAUAGAGGUGACCUCACUUUUAAGACUCAACUGACAGCUAUAAGGUGUCUAGAAUAAACCCUUCAACUUCAACUCCCAUUAUUAAUUCUCCCUACUAGCUGCUACACAUUUCCUUGUUAAUGAGUUACAAGAAUUUGGUGUUGGAUCAAGAUGGCAAAUUUUACCAAAGAUGAGGUUGAGAAUUCUGGAUCAAUAUCAGUAUCUGGGCAACUGCCCACCUACCCCUUUCCUAACUCAACGACAGUCAAUUGAUAACAAGUUAGGGUUAAUGUUGGGUUAGGGGAGGGGUAGGUGGGCAGUUGCCCAGAUACUGACAUUGAUUCAGAAUUCUCAUUACCUGUUUAAUGGAUAAUUUACAGAUAUUACAGGGAGAAGUUGCAUGUUUAUCACUUCUGGGAAAUCAAGGGUCAAGGGAGGUAAUUUCAAAUGUCUUGAGGGUUGACAUCCUCUUUUGAUAAAAAUUCCUUCCUUUACAUUGGCCUUUCCCACUACGCUACAGCUGCCUUGAUUCUGUGUUUCCCAUUUCUUUUUCCAUCACUAAAGGACUGAGGCUUCAGGAAAAGUUUAUUGUAUUCAGAUAUAAAUAAGAUACCUCAGACACCUUGAGGUUUCUAUAAGUAAGCUUGCUUUGAGAAUCAUAGGAGAGAACUUGAAAGCAACGUUCAUGCCAGGCUUGAUUUCCACCACCCCAGUAAGUCUGGAGUACAAGUUAAUUUUCCAAACAGCAUUUGGUUAUCAAGCCUUCAGACACAUGCAAACCAUGAUUUCUCUUCUCAUCAGAUGGGACUCUUGUAUUGAGGAUAUUUUUUGUUUGUUUUAAAACAAUAUAGUUUUUCUGUUUUUUGUUUUUUGUUUUUCUUACAGUCUUUCCCAAAUCUUAGUGGUGUACAAGGACGAAAAAGAAGUGGAAUUCAACAAUUACCAGCUCUUGGGGAACAAAGGAUUCAGAGCAAUCCUCAACAACAAUUUCAUGGCCUUUGAUUAACUUGGUUCAUCUUAUGUUUAUCAAGAAAAAAAGAUUCUUUCAGAGUUUAUAUAUUUAGUAUUUAAGGAAACAAAUUUAUUUGGAUAUUAUGUAGACCAAAAAUAUCCGAAAUUCAGUCUUAACAAUUGAGAGUCAAUUCUCAGUCCCAAAAUGGAAUGAGUACCCUGAUUUUACACUAACCAGUUUACCACCAGUUACAUGUUUGAGUCCCUUUGGAGAUCAGAAUUAGAUCUUUUAUUGACCCAUGACUUGAGCUUCUGAAUUGCUUGUUUAUUUGAUAACUAAUGGUGGACAAAUUUGCUCUCAUUCUUUCUUGUUCUGCCAAAAUGUAUUAAGGGCAUCCUGCUCAACCAGGACAAUAUCAUUCAUUCACCAAAAAAUUAUGAUAACAGUUCUCUUUUGUUGAAUCUUAUAGAUUUUGAUGAACAUGUGAGUUCAUAUUUUGAACUCAAUAUAUCAACUUCAUGUAUAGAAAGAAGCAGUUUUAAAAGAUAGUAAAAAAGAAGUGAUGUAUAUCAAAUCUUCAGGUGAAACAAUUAUACAUUGUAAAUAGGAGGGCAGUUUAGAGGUAGAUUAAAAACUAUUUCUUUAUUUUAUUUGUUAUUUACAAGAAAUAUUUACUAAAGUGAUGUGUUUAAGAAUUUUUUUUUACAAACCAGUGGUAUUUGUCUUUGUUGUCCCUUAGCCCCUAAGAGUGGCUAUAGUCUCUAAUUUCUCUUUACAAUAUCACUUCUGAAUCACACAUUAAGGUCAAAGGAAUGAAGGAAAUGAUCAUCAAUUGGAGAAACAAUUAAUUGUGAAACAAAAUCUCCUUGUAAGCUCCUAAGGAAAUGUAUAGAGAACAGUAUGGAGAAUAUGCACACUGAUCUAAGGGUAAAAAAGGC